CACAGAGAGAGGACGAGCCUUCACUAGCCUACCCCUGUUUCUACUCUUAUAACUCGCACUCCUGUAGUCAUGUGAUGGUAAUAUACUACUACUACAGUGCUGAGCGGAGGCGGAGUAGCGCCGUUCGACAUUGCAAUGAGAAGCUCGUCUCAAGGACAAAACUCGCUGCACUUGUAAUUGAUCAUUUUUAAUCUGGAAAAUUGGAAUUUGAUGAAUUUUUAGUCGGCGCUGAUGUAAGGAGGAGGAGGAGGCCAGGAACAUAAAAACAUUAAUAAACAUAUUGAUAUAUAUAUAUAGAUAUAUAACUGGAAGGGACAACGUGCAGAGGGUUUUGAUUGGCUGGGCCAGGAAUGGUGGAUCAUUUGCUAGCGAGCGAGGAGACCUUUCUUCCUUAUGCGGGCUCCCCGCUGCUGUACCACCUGUCGGACAUGGCGACGGACGCGGGCGCCUACCAGGCGCUGCCCUCGCCCUUCUCGGAGGACGAGCUGAGCGACUCGUCCAGCCUGCGGUCCUGCUCCAGCCCGGAGUCCCAGGUGCUGGGCUCCAGCUAUGGGAGCAGCUCCAGCGUGGAGAGCCAGGACAGCAUCCUGGACUUCCUGCUGUCGCAGACCUCGCUGGGCGGGGCCUCGGCCGCCGUCGCCUCCCUGCCCGGCUUCCUGUGGGAGCCGUCGCCGCGGGAGACGCCCCGCCCGCCGCCGGUGAAGGAGGAGAGCUUCGACUUCCCCGUCUUCGCUCCCGACCUGGAGGACCAGUCGGGGCUGUUCCAGCCCACGCUGGAGGAGAUCGAGGAGUUCCUGGAGGAGAACAUGGAGGUGGUGACCCUGAAACAGGAGCCUGGGGAGCGGGUUCUGCCAGCAGGGGGCGGGGCUGGGGGCGGGGCUCAUCACACAGACCAGAAGACGCCCACGUCCGGUGCCACUGUCCCCGCCCUUGCUGCCGGUACUGAGACCAAGAACGCGCAGUCUGGACCCGCCUUAGACCCGGCUGUUGAUGGAGUAAAAAUGGAGGAGGUUCCAGUGGGCGGGGCCGGAGGCGGGGUGCCGGUCAUCCUGCAGAUCCAGCCCGUCCAGAUUAAGCAGGAGUCCCCGCCCCCUGGCCCGCCCUCCCAGUCGCCCUCAGACGUUAAAGUCGCUCAGCUCCUGGUCAACAUCCAGGGCCACACCUUCGCCCUCGUGCCACAGCUGGUCGCCUCCUCCUCCAGCCUUGGGGCCUCGCCGAAGUUCGUCCGCAUCGCGCCCGUCCCCAUCGCCGCCAAGCCCCAGUGCCAGGGCGAGGGCGGGGCCGGGGGCGGGGCCGUGGGGCUGCUGGCGGGGGGGCAGAAGUUCCAGAAGAACCCGGUGGCGGACCUCAUUAAAAUGCACAAAUGCACUUUCUCCGGCUGCAACAAGAUGUACACCAAGAGCAGCCACCUGAAGGCCCAUCUGCGCAGGCACACGGGGGAGAAGCCCUUCGCCUGCACCUGGGCCGGCUGCGGCUGGAGGUUCUCUCGCUCGGACGAGCUCUCGCGACACCGGCGCUCCCAUUCGGGGGUCAAGCCGUACCAGUGUCCCGUCUGCGAGAAGAAGUUCGCCCGCAGCGACCACCUGUCCAAACACGUCAAAGUGCACCGCUUCCCCCGAAACAGCCGAGCGGCGCGCCCCUCAAACUGACCGCCUCCUCUCUGACAGGCUAACAGCACGGGGGCCAAGGACCUGGGAUGGAGAGAACCUGAGAGAGGGAGAGAAGGAGUGACUGAGAGAGGGAGAGAAGUGAAUGAGAGAGGGAGAGAAGGAGUGAAUGAGAGAGGGAGAGAAGGAGUGAAUGAGAGAGGGGAGAGGAGUGAAUGAGAGAGGGAGAGAAGGAGUGAAUAGGUUUUAUUUAGACUGUCAGAGUCAGAUGGGAGAGACUGAUAGUGUGAAGACAACAAACCAGAGAGAACAGAGAGAAAGAAUGAGAGAGACUGAAAUAGAUUUAUGCAGAGAGCAGAGAAAGAUAGACUGCAAAUGUAUGAAUGCCGGUAUGAAUGUUUGUGAGCGUAUCUGUACGUGUGUGCGUGCGUGUGUGUGUGUGUGUGUUUCUGCAUGAGAGAGAAAAGAAUUAGAAAAUGAGAGAGAGAAUGAGAGAGAGAGAGAGGUAUUGUCAUAAUUUAUUGUGGGUGAAGUAAAUGGAACAAAGGAAAAACAAACCUGUUACUUGAUACGGUUUCUGUGUGGAUGCUCGGCUGUUCCCACACCUCCCGAUUUUCUCUGUUUUUCUGUGUUGUGUUUUUUUCUCAGAUUUUAAAUGAAAAGUAUCAGAAGUGUAUACGUUUGUGGUUUGAUUUGUUGUUGGUGCACCUGCCUUUUCAAGUUGGUUGAUUGUAGGAUUAGGAAGUUCCCCAGUAUUCCUUGUCUUUUGUCAACAUUAGCUAUGUUUCCAUUUGAAUUGCACAGGGAAUUUGCUUUGGAGCAGAACAAUCACUUUCGCUUUUGCAUAAAUCAGAAACUGAGAGUGUUUUCAAUGUGUUUCUUUCAGGAACAGUGGUGUCACAUGAUCUGAGCAUUGCUCAAGCUAUUCUGCAGUAUACAUUUUGCACACAUUUCAGCAAUUUGCCAUUUGCCAUAAUGUCUGCUUUUCUAUAACUGUCGACAUGAUAAAAGUUCUGAUCCGCAAUUUUGCAGGAAAUGGACUUGUUUUCAUUUAUUUAUAUUUGCAUAAUGCAAAGUUCAGUAGCCAUGUUCCAGAAUUGAAUUGACGUCCGAAAUGCUGAUUGAAACGUUGCGACUAAUGGCUACAAUUUAAAGGGGCCGUUCUGUGUAGUUUACUGAGCCCUUUUAAAACACGGUCACUUGGAAAUGCUUGAACUACUGACAGUAAUCAGGAUUAUGUCACAAUAAGCUAUGGGGAAACUCUGAGACUGAAGCUUCAGCUCACACAGGAACUUGAUCGUUUCGCACGGGCUCAAAGUUCUUCUCAACGGCAGGUUCACCAACAACGGGGCAAACUCACCGUAACAAAGAAAAAUGCGCACACUGAUCAUUUUGUGAUGUGUUCACGUGUCCACCAGCUGGCCUUUCAGAUCAGUAUUGACGAACUGCUCAUCUUUUAUUUAGUGUGUAUUUUCAUUGAUCAGCUGCUGGUUUUGUUAUUAAUGUUUAUGGGCUGUACUCAGUUUGCAUUUGUCCCUUAACUUUGAAGUUGUACUUUUUCUUUGUAGUUUAAUGUAUUGUUCCAAACUCACCAAAAUGUUUGUGAAUAAAACAAUAUAUAAAUAUCUCGCUUUUAAUUUAUGGUCAAAGAUAAGGACAAAUGUUAAUUGAAUUCCAGCCUAUGUCUUUUUUUUUUCUUUGUGUAAUUUUCUCUUUCUCUUGAAAGCCUUGCUGUUCAAAUAUCAAAAUGUAAUACAUUUGUGUAGCCUUAAUGUAAGAAGGCCUUAAUGGGGGCCAACAUCUUUAGCUAUUUAUAGGGGUAAAAUGACUUUUUUAUGGGAAAGAAAAGAAAUCGUGUUGGCAGACCGCGGGGUGUGAAUUUAAAGAUGGAAAGCGAGAACAGUGUUUCUGAGUAUAAGCUGAGAUAACGAGUGAGCGUUCAGUAGCUGCAGCAAGUGGACGCCUCGACUUCGUUGUU